GGGCUGAAGGGGAUCGCUCCCUCGCACCGCCCAGGCCUGGUUCAAGGGCGCUCGCUCUCCACUCUCCCCUUCCAGCCUCAGGGCGUCCACCCGCCCGCCUCUGCCGCCCCGCCCCGCGCAUGGAGCCCGCGGGCCGGGCCCCCGCCAUGGCGUCGCUGCGGGCGGCCAAGGCCGCGCUGCGGGCCGAGCUGCGGGCGAGGCUGAGGGUGCUGGGCGAGGCGGAGAAGCGAGGCCAGUCGGCCCGGCUCAGCCGCAAGGUGAUUGACCACCCCAAGUACCAAGGGUCCAAAAGAAUUGCCAUCUAUCUGAGUAUGCCAGAUGAAGUCCAGACAGAAGAAAUCAUUAAGAACAUUUUUAAGCAAGGCAAAGAAUGUUUCAUCCCACGUUACAAGCCUCACAGCAAUCACAUGGACAUGCUGAAGUUAUCAUCAGCUGAAGACAUUUCUUCACUUACUUUGACAUCCUGGAAUAUUCUUCAGCCUAGUGAUGAUGACAGUGCAAGAGAGGAGGCUCUUGCUGGUGGGGGUCUUGACCUUAUCUUCAUGCCAGGCCUUGGGUUUGACAAAAAAGGCAACAGAUUGGGAAGAGGGAAAGGAUAUUAUGAUACCUAUCUGGAAAGAUGUAUGAAACAUCCCAGUGGAAAGCCGUACACAAUUGCCUUGGCUUUUAGGGAACAGAUUUGUGACUCAGUGCCUGUGGCAGAAAAUGAUGUCCCAGUAGAUGAAAUCCUUUAUGAAGACUGCUGAAAGUAUCUUGAUACCAACCCACCUUCAGAGUGACCGAACAAAGACGUCAGAUCCAUCAGUCAUGACUUUUUAAUAGUCAUCUAUGACUUUGGGAGCAAUAAAAUACACUAUUUGUGUUUGAACACAAAUAAAAAAAACCAACCCAGUGUAAAAGUCAUAAAAGUAGUGAGGAUUGCAUUAAUUUGCUUUUAAUUAGCAAAUUUCUGGUGUGAAUUCUUUUUCUACAAUCAAUAGAAACAAGAAUGACUGUUUAUUACAGUAAGGACCAUUUCUUUUCAUGGUGCUUCUGAGGAACCAAGUACUUCAUACUUAACAGUUUUAUUAUUCCAGUGAACUGUAUACUAAUGACAGUUCUUAAUCAAUUCUGGAAUUAGAUACUUGUUAUGGUAAAAGAUCUUAGUACUUAAAUACUAUGUACAUCCAUGAGAAAAGAAGAAAACGACAGAUAAAUGCUAUAGUAAGCUGGGCAAAAAAUAGUGGCUGGAAAAAAAGCCUUAAUGGAUUUUGAUGUAUACAAUAAUUUAGACUUUUUACUUGGUUCCUUGAAGUUGUCUUAAAAUAAAAGGAGUAGCUGUUAAUAAAAAAGACUUGUGUCCACGGCUUUGGUUCUUUCCUCUAUAUGAAUAGAAUAUUGUAAUGUAGUCUAAAAUGCAGUUAGUGGGUUUUCCAUUUGGAGAAAAACAGCUCUGUUUUUGUAAAAUAAUGUUCAAAAUAAGUUUAAGUUUCCAAAAUAAGUUUUAAAUUAAAUUUUCUACAUGAGCCUCUUGUAAUGUCCCAAAGUACUGUGUGAAGUAUGGACACUUAUGUUAAAGGAUAAAGAGAUGCUAAUAUUUGCAGAGAGCGGGUUUUAAGGACUGAGUAAGUUUUGGGGUAGAAGGUUGGUUUUUUCUGCAGUUCUCCAGACCAUCCUGGACAUCAGGAAGAAGAGAGUGAAUUUUUCUCUGCACGCUGUGUUCAUAGUAAUAGGACAGAAUAUCACCAGUCAGGAUCAAUCAAACUGUGAAACUUUUAUGGUCCUUCUUCAGUGCAACUUCACUUUUUCUAUACAUGUUUGACUCCUCCUUCAAUCAAUAAAUCAGUGCAUUUAUUUUCACCAAACUGCUCUGUCUUGUCAUUAAAAAAUCCAUGAAUUCUCAAGGACCAGCUAUGGAGCAAAAUGACCGUAAGAC